CUGUCGCAAACUUCAAAGAGUGUCAAAAUAGGUGGCAGUACAGUCACAUUUGAGCAUUAAUAAAUGAAGCGUUUUUAUUACUACUAUCAUUAUACUCCUCUAACUUGACACUGUUACAAAUAAAAUGCUGUCAUUCUGAUGAAGUACUGCGUUUUGUCGCCGGGUGAUGACGUAAGUGCGGGCGCAGCGUCGAGAGCAGACCAAAAAAAAAAAAGUCCCAAAUUCUCGACUUUAUUUCUUCACCAACACGACACUGGCGGCGAUGGACGCGAGCGUGAGGGAAAUCCUGGUCUCGUCCCGGCCGGGCUCCUCCUACUUCCUGCGAGCGGAAGCCAGCGGGCGGGGCUUCGCCUCCGGCUUUCGGGUGCUGCUCAGCGACGGACGGCGAGCCUGGAGAGGAGAAGCGAGCGAGGCGUCCGUGCGCCGAGAGGCGGACGAACUGGAGAUGUCCGAGGAGAAGUACGUGCGCGACCUCCGGGAGGCGCUGACGGGGGGCGGAAGCGCCGACUCUUACCGCUUCGACCUUUCGCCGCCGCCGCCGCCCGAUGACGGCGCGGCGAUCACGCUGACCUACGCCAAAGUGCGGAAGGACAUCUCGUUCAGGCUGGGCUCGGUGGCGCUGAGUCCGGUCCCGGAGCCGUCGGAGGCCGCCAGGGGUUUGCUGACCCUCAGUCUGGCGAGAGGAACGUCCUUGGAGCACCGGAACCGGGAGCUCCGCGAGCAGAACCGACGCCUGGGGCAAGAACAUCGGCGCGUCGCCGCAGAGUUGAGGCGCUACGUGGAGGGCAAAGAAGAGCUGGAGGCGGAGCUUUACUCUCGCUUUGUCCUGGUGCUGAACGAGAAGAAAGCCAAAAUCCGCCGGCUCCAGGAAAGCCUCAACGGGCUCCAGGCCGGUCACGAGGGACCCGCCAAGGAGACGAGACAAGACGGGGACCGAGCGGCGAAGGCGGGGGAAGACCUCGAGUACGGCGGCACCACCGACGACGACGACGCAGCUUGUGACGAAAUUGGGGAGGGGGCAAACCCCAAACAAUUUCGACACGCCGCCGCCGCCGUCUGCCCUCCCUUCGGAGAAACGCGGACCCGUUCUCCCGGCCCGUUGGACGACGGCCCCGGUGGUGACAUCACGGACGUGGCGCCCACUCGCGAGCGACGCCUGCGCCACCCGGAGGCCUCGCACGCAAGGAGCGACUUCCCGGCGGCAACCGAUCAGCAGCGACCGCCGCGCCGUCGCCGUGAUGCGGCGGAGGCGGAGGACCUGUUUGAGGACUUCUGAUUCCCGCAAGAAGGCCCGGAAAGAUUCUGCGGACGUCGAUCCGGAGCGUCGUUCUGCCGGUUGGAGCUGCCGACCCCCGGAAAGAACUCUGGAGCAAGAUUGUCGUCCCGUUUGGCAAAAUGGCGGCGACAUUUUUUUGGCGUAAAAAUGUUCCCAUUCGGCCUCCCAAUGACAAGAAAAACCAGCAACGCUCUUGCUGGACGUGCUUUUCUUUUUCUUUUUCUUUGUGUGGGGUCGUCGUCGUCGUCGUCCCCAAAGGAUGGAAAUUGGACUCUCGGAUGUUUGUGGAACUGAUGAAUCUUGUAAAAAUGUAACAAAAAACAAAAAACCCCAAAAUAAAUCACUUGGGGAAAUGCGA